AUUAGUCUCACUUUGUCACUGCUCUCAUGCAGAUCUUACAAUGUUAGCUGCCACUAGUUUAUAGAGACAUGCUUGCAAAGUGAAGGAGAAAAAUAGGUCAGCCAUCAUUCUCUGUGUUGGAAGAUGAAAUUUCAUGUCCUGGUUGGAAUUUUCAUUCUUGUUUUUGAUAUUCAGGAAGUGCAGCUGCAAGAAUGUGGAAAACCAAAGUUCAAUUCUCGGAUUGUUGGUGGAAUCAAUGCACAGCCAGGAGAGUGGCCAUGGCAAGUUAGUUUCCAAAAGAGUGGCAAGCAUAUUUGUGGAGGGUCACUCAUCUCUGACAGCUGGGUCAUAACAGCUGCACAUUGCCUAAAAGACUACAAUCAGAACAUGGAUCAAUACACCGUUGCCCUAGGAUGUUAUCAGUUUUCUCACCCUAACAGAAACCAGCUCACUAUGUCUCUCAAGCAGAUUAUUAUAAACGAGGAUUACACAGCACCAGCAAAGGGAUAUGACAUUGCCUUGCUACAGCUCAGUCACACCAUAGCUUACACAGACUACAUACGUCCCAUUUGUUUGCCAAGUUCAGAUGUCGAGUUUCCUAAUGGCUUGAUGUGCUGGGUGACUGGCUGGGGUAUUAACAGCUAUGAAGAAAUCACUGGGCAAGAUAUUCUACAGGAAGGUGAAAUUCCAAUAAUAAACCAGCCACAGUGUGACUGCCUGUACCACGUAGACACGCUAUAUUCCCCAAAUUACCAACAGGUUGAAAUGGAUUACAUUUGUGCUGGAUAUAUCAGAGGGACAAGAGAUGCAUGCCAAGGAGACUCUGGUGGACCAUUGAUGUGCAAAGAUGGUGACAAAUGGAUUCUAGCUGGACUUGUGAGCUGGGGGCAAUCAUGUGCAGUGACUAAUCGUCCUGGGGUGUACACACAUGUUCCUACCUUCCAGAACUGGUUACAGAGUAAAAUAUCUGGACUGAAGUUCUUCAAACUGAGCCAGACAACUGGCACGCUCUUUUAUAAUGGCAUCUGUACAUAUGGGCGGAAUGGAAUUGCAACUGUGUAUACCAAUAGCAGCUCCAUGGUACCUUCCAUGGCACCAAACAACAGUAGUAGAUUUCUUUACAACAGUGCAGUCACAUUCCAUUUCUUCUACAAACCUCUGAUAACAAUUAUACAGCUACUCUGUAUUUCAUUUAAAUUUUUAGGAACUGGAUGAAGCAAAAUAUAACACUGUCAACAGUAAAAACAGACUUCUCAUUUCCCCUUCAUAAAGCAAUGGUCACGAUUCUUGGCCCAAAUAAACUUGCAU